UUAUUAUUUUAUGUCAGUAGUAUUCAAUAUUAUUUGAUAAGUUGUUAUUGCUUUGGUUAAUUAAUGCUGAAACGAAAGUCAACAAUUAAAGAGAUUAAGUAUUUAAUAUAAUGAAAAGUUUACUGUUUCACAAAAACUAAAUUUACUAUGGCAGAAUAUAAAAAACCGCCAGUUGAUCCAGAUUUGAUAACAUUCACACAGAAAAAUGACUACGAUUCCCUUGCUAAAUAUCUUAUUGGAAAUAUUUAUCGAUAUCGCGAAAAUAUUAUUAUACCCAGAGUUUUAGGGCCAGUUGUAAUAAAAUCGAAUGAAGAAAAAAUGAUAGAAGCUACAGUGGAAAGUUGUCCAUUUAAAUCGUUGACCAGUUGUAUAAUAGGCUAUGGUCUUGGUGCUGCGGUGGGUUUAUUUACUUCAUCACUCAUGCCAAAUAUGACUGAUCCAAUGGCUCAACAGAAUCAAACUGCAAGGCAAAUAUUACGAGAAAUGAAAAAUUCAAUGUUAAGUUAUGCAAAGAAUUUUGCAAUACUUGGAGCUGUAUUUUCUGGGAUUGAAUGUUGUAUUGAGACCUCAAGAGGGAAAUCUGAUUGGAAAAAUGGAACAUAUGCAGGAGGUGUAACCGGAGGUUUAAUUGGUUUAAGAGGUGGUUUGAAAGCUGGAGUAUUUGGAGCAGCUGGUUUUGCAGCAUUUUCAACUAUCAUUGAUUAUUAUAUGCAGCAUAGAGGAUAAGACCUAUUUAAAUAAAUUAUUUAGUGUUAUAA